AGGUAUCGUCUCAUACCAACAUUUGGCCGCAACACCAUCUGCAAGUUUAGUGACAAUGUGUCAGGUCUUACGAAACUCGCAGCGCGUGAUUUCGAAGACCUGCUUCAGUGUGCGAUGCCAGUAUUUGAUGGUCUUCUACCGGAACUGUUCAACAACUCAAUCCUCAACCUUCUGUUUGAGCUAGCCACCUGGCAUGCAUUCAGGAAGCUUCGUAUGCACACGGAGACAACACUCUAUCAUUUUGACAACUAUACGACAAGGCUAGGAAAGGCUCUUUGGCGAUUCUGUGACAACACCUGCACAAAAUUUGCUACUCGUGCACGGCGUCAGGUGUCUUAA